GCCUUCCUCGUGCUCAAGAUGCCCCCUGAUGGAGAUUGCCUCUUUCACGCGCUUGCCAUUCACGAAGACGGCGACGGCGCAGAACUGAGGAAGGAAGUGUCCGACUACCUCGAGAACACCGCGGAGGAAGAAGCCGACAUUCAGGCUUGCCAGGCUUUCUACGAUGAAGCUGAUCAUCUCCGUGGCCCCAAAGAAUCAAACUGGGGAGGACACACGAGCUUGGUGGCAUACACCAAGAUGCGCGGCCGCAAAGUGUAUGUCCACACGCUGCAGGCAGAUGGGAGUUGCCAUGUACAGGAUGCGACCCAUGCCACCGUGCCAGGAGACUCAAUUGCCACCCACGUGCCCUACAACGGUGCCACCCACUACGACGCAUUGCUUCAUCCCGAGGAAGCUUCACACACAAAUGUUGAGCCAGCGUGGGCAAACCAAAGCCUGCCAGCCAAGUAUUUCCAACAGAGGGAAAUCACUACCACGUCGGCUUCCACAGCAGCAGCGGCACCAGUACCUGAGCCACCAAACAAGAAAGCGCGCGCGGCUUCCACAGCAGCAGCGGCACCAGUACCCGAGCCACCAAAGAAGAAAGCGCGUGAGGCUUCCACAACAGCAACGCCUCCAGCACCGCAGCCACCAAAGAAGAAAGCUCGCGUGGCAAACCCCGCAGAUAGUCAAAAUACAAGCAACGCAGAUCCCAGCGAAACCCAGCAAGAACACAGGCGGUACUACCGCAAAACAACGCCCCCGCCAGAGCUCCGCGACAGCAUCAUGGACGAGAUCAGCAACGCAAAGGUGGGCCACAUCUCCGAAACGGAAGCCAGGGAAAACCCGACUGUGCCGCCAAGCUCAACACUAGACGCGGCAGAUGAUGGAGAGCGAUGGCCUGAAGUCUUCUGUGCUUUUCAAGGUUGCCACUGGGAGAUGACAGGUGGGGAGGAAGCUGAUCUGCAACAACACCUUGCCGAACACCACGCUGACGAGCUCCAACCUUUGCUCGACGAGGGUGACGCUCCUGAGAGAAUGAUGUGCUUCUAUCAAGAAGCGGUCUCUCAUGCUUGUCGACGGCAAGCUCCUUUGGCAGGCUCCUCCUUAGACCGAACAGCCCUGUCUACCUUCGCAACUGCCCUUGCCAAUGACAAUAUUGAAGCGCUCAUUUGUGCCUCCUGCGCAUGUGUACACACGUGCGUGCAAGACAACAAGGCAGGCAUCCAGUGGGAAAAGCCGCUUGAUUACAGCACUGAUGGCGGUGAGUGCUUUCAAUUUCUGGGGCAACCCGUGCAGAACGUGGCCACCCUCCUCGGGCUCGAAAACUUUUUGAAGGCCUACGACAUCCUAGAUAAGGUAGGCGCUGCCAAGAUCAGCAACCACGAGUCCUUCGAAUCCUGGAAGCUUUCAAUCCCAAUGCCCAGCUCUGACGAUGGACAGGUGGACAUUUUAUGUUGCCCCGAGGUAGUUGUCGACCUAAUCAUGGACUUGCAGCGAGCCGGGCAUCCCUACUUCAUUCACAUCUCGGAGGCCAAGGUGAAAGCCAAGGCAGAAGCACUGCCGGUUGGCCUUGCCGAGAAUAGCGACAACGAGAACCUCGAAGACGAGCCUGUCACUUUUUUGGAGGAAGACCUUCUACAGGCGCGCCUCACCCAUGUACGAGGCGCGCCCAAGAUCGAGGCAGCCGACAAGGAAGCAGCUGACGUCCAGCUCGAGGCCACCAAGCAAUACGACCUCACCAUGGACAUGUUCCGCUGCUCAGAGGACAUAUGGUUGUCGAGGGUCAGUGGCGUGAGCCAGGCAGAGCUCCAAGCGCAACAGGAGACACAUCGCCACACCAUGCAAGAGAGGGCCGCCGCCAUCGACCACACAACGGCUAAGCAAGCAGCCCGAGCCUCACGAUCCCGGCCACAACACCAGUCCCCGGCCCAAGGUGGGUAUUUGGCAGACAUUCCGGCCCGCCUGAAAGAGCACACCCCAGCUUUGCAGAACACGGACGUGCUCAUCAACUACGGCCGAGAACUCUUUUGGAGCGGGCCGGUUCAAGGUGUGGUAGAGCUCACGGAGCGCGAGCGCUGCAAAGACGAAUGGUGGAAUGAGGCCACGCGCUCCAUGGCUUCUUUUUGGAUCGCUUCCACUGCAUACCUCCUCGCAGCCGACAUCGCGCCCGACAUGCCACACUUGCGCCUGCCGGCUCACAUUGACACAAGCCCGUUGAUGGCAAGAUCAGAGCCAGCUUCCUUCUUGCUGCUUCGAACUCUACCAGACCUUCCAGUUUGCCGCCAGCAAUGGCUCAAGAUUGUCUCCUUUCUGCAACGCCUCCGCAAUUUGUGCACAAAGCCCGCUGACACCCAAGAGCUUACGGAGAUGAUAUUAUGCUUGCAAGACAUCGUUGCAAUCACGGGCCAUUGGGAAACAGCAGAGCAAAAAAGAAGGCGAAUGCACUUUGAAAGCGAGUGA